UCCUGCAGCCGCAUUCGUCGGCACCAAAGAGUGGACGUUCCUCUCCAACUCGGCGACUGUCCUAUGUAGAAAGGGCAAUCAGCUCCAUUUACUGUAUGUGGACUGCUCAUGUGGUGGAUUAGGGUCCAGCUAUCCAAGCCCAGCCAGAGGGUCCUUGUAGCUGUAUUCCUUGUGAUUGCCAAUUUCUUCAUUGCUGACGUUGCUGGUCAAACAAUUGCAAAAGACCUUGCUGAAGUAUUUGGAUGGAGAGAUACAGAACCAAGUUCUGCACCUUUGCAAMGUGUGUUUUCUCAUUCUUUAGUUCUUCCUGAAUAUUUCAAAGACAAUGAAACCAGCCGUGAGUUCUCUCUUCUCUUUACACUCAAUUCUAAAGUGGUCAAAAACUUGAACCUCAGUGUGUCAGCGGAGUCUUAUAAUGAUUCUGUGGUGCUAUUCGACCUACUACUGCAAAAUGGACGAGUCACAGUCAGACAUGACGGCAUUSUUCUCCAGGACAUCAAACCGGAAUUUCUUUUUCAAGGCUGGCAAAAAUUUGUUGUGAUAUAUAGAGGCCUAGAACUUUUACUUCAUGACUGUAACACCGUCGUUAGAAUACCAUUUCCUGAAGGAAAAGCGGAGCUGCCGUCAUGGAGAGACCUUAAAGUAGUUACAUCCCCAAACCUUCCGACGAAAGAAGAUAUCAGAGAAAAUGUAUGCGAGAUGACCCUUAUGAUCGGAUCAAAUGGAGUAUCAGAACACUGUGCCAAGACGUACCCAAUAUGCCCUAAAGGACCUGAAAUCAUUGUACCGACCCCUACCUCUGUAUUGCCAACAAACAGAGUCAUAGAUCCCGACUACGCUGUUCAGAUGAAGGGACCGCCAGGAAAUAAGGGACCUAGAGGAGAUCCUGGUCGGAAUGGAGGGCCUGGAAGACCUGGUCACCCGGGCCGCGAUGGCCCAAAGGGCACAAAAGGACUUAAAGGACUGUUUGGAGAAAAGGGUGAGAAAGGAUAUAAAGGAGUUCGCGGUCCCAUCGGCCCACCAGGUGAGAUGGGUACACCUGGUUUAAAAGGAUUCGCUGGUUUUGCUGGUCACCAAGGUCUUCAAGGCAAACGUGGAAAUCGUGGCCUCAUUGGACCUCAGGGUCUUCCUGGAAUGAUGGGUAUUCAAGGAUUACAUGGUAUUGAAGGAAUUCAGGGCGAAUCUGGACAGUUUGGUGAAGAAGGAGCGAUAGGGGAAAAGGGCUUUCCUGGAGAGACAGGCGGCAUGGGUCUUAUUGGUAGUCCCGGAAAACCUGGAGAACAAGGUCGACCCGGCCCGAGAGGYGUUGUCGGCCACGUGGGUGAACGUGGUCCAAGAGGAUCUCCUGGCAUACUUGGCAUCAAAGGAAUUAAAGGAGAAACCGGCAGUAGUGGAUGGACUGGUCAUAAAGGAUCUAAGGGCGAGCCUGGACGUAAAGGCGUAAAGGAGGAGACCGGUGAUAAAGGCAGCAUGGGURCACCAGGACCUCCUGGAGGAAAAGGAAAGAGAGGACCGCGAGGGCCAAGGGGUGUCGAUGGUGACGGUGGUAUUAUGGGUGUUCAAGGUGUUCCGGGUAAAAAGGGUGUUCCWGGACAACCAGGUAUACCAGGCAUGCCUGGGGCAAGUGGUGCCAGAGGUCUUCCCGGYAUUGAAGGAAACGCUGGUCUAGUUGGCAUGAAAGGGCAGGAGGGUGAUACUGGUAGUCCUGGUCAGAAGGGUCCCGAAGGUCUUGAAGGUCGAUUUGGAAAGAAAGGCGAUCCAGGAUAUAAUGGUCUAGAUGGUUUCAAGGGCAGUAUUGGARGWCAAGGAUUGCCUGGAGAACGUGGAAGACUGGGCCCAACAGGUGUGAAGGGAGCCGAAGGUGACCCUGGAAGUCGUGGCCACUAUGGACCGCUUGGUAUCAAUGGUACUCAAGGUCCGCAAGGAGAGCCUGGAGCUAUGGGAGUGCAAGGUAAACCUGGUGAUCAGGGACGUUUGGGUAUAGUUGGAAUUCCAGGUCCAAAAGGCAUCGAGGGGAUUCUUGGCAAGCCUGGAUUAACAGGUGGAGUGGUAUGUACCAUUUCCGUGUAUUGUCAUGGUGCUGAGUACUGAUUCAUUUUUAAUAUUUUUAGGGGYUAAAAGGCAAUAGAGGGAAGCGCGGUGGWG